GUACGAGCACCACACUGGGUGCAUUUGGUCGUCCUUGACAUCCACCACUUCGCAUAUCUUCUCGCGCAGCGCGCGGAAGUCCGAAUAGCGGUGCUGCACUUGACACUCUGGCCUCUCCGCGUCCUGCUCGUGUAGCAGUCGCCGCUUGCGUGCGCGCACACUUUCACUUGAGUUGGAAGAGGGCAGACCCUUCUGCGAUCGCUGCAAAUAUACGUCCACCACGUACAUGGUGGCGCCGUCGUGCUCGGGGCUGUCGUACAUGCCGCGGAUAGCUACACGCUGGAUCUGGUUGAGACUCACGGCGAAUUUGGUGCUAUCUGAGAACUGCGAGAGGCGGCGCCCUAACUCCAUGUUCAGACUGUGGCGAGACUCGCCGUCCAGGUCGUCGGAUAUGGCCAUGUGGGUUGAUUCCACGUUGUUGCUCUUGUUACAAACUUGUUGGCCAAACGCAAAUUCAAAUUGUGAGGCGUUGAAGCUGACGCACUUCGCCAAGCGAAAAAAAGGCGAUACUGUUUUGAGACCGGUAUCGUUAGGCUAUCCUGCGACAGCAGCCAAUCAUAGCGUGGUAUAGUUAAACCUGUAGGAGACGCUAGCACACUUUCCAGCAUGCGCAACUCCAAGUAUUUUGGCAAUGGUGCGGACCCGCGACGGCCACCUCGGCGAUCCUCAAGUGAUGACCAUGAUAGAGCGCAGCGCUCCGUCUUAACCUCACUACGGUCCCGCAAACGCAAGCAGCGAGAAGUCAGUACAGAGGAAACUACAGCCUCGACCCCGCCACAACCAUCUCUAACGUCCAUGGAGAAGCAGGUCGUGGGACUGCGAAAGGCGUACCCAGAUACGCUGCUGCUGUUCGAAUGUGGCUAUCGCAUGCGCAUUUUUGGCAAAGAUGCCGAGGUAUCUACAGUCAUUAGUGAUACGAAUCUCAUGGUUCAAAUAAAUGUUAUUAUUUUCUUUUCAGAAUGCUGCUGCUGUGCUGGACAUUCGAGCUCAGCAGCAUAAAAACUUCUUGGAGGCGUCGGUGCCUGUGCAUCGGACGCUGUUUCACGCUCGACGCUUGGUUCAUGCGGGAUUUAAAGUUGGCGUUGUGAAGCAGGUGGACUCGGUCGCUAUGAGAGCAGCUAACAAAGCUCCGGGUGCUCAACGCAAACCUCUUGAACGAUGCGUGAGCGAAAUUUACACUCGAGCUACGAUUCCAGAGGUGGAGGACAAUGGAGAUGAUAGCGACGAAGAAGACACAAGAGCGCGGUUUAUUGCCUGUGUUGUGGAAGAAACGAUACAUGCGAAACCUUUCUUUUCGCAGUCAAUGCACGAGGUUGAUGAAGACACGAAAAGAACCCAGGUGCGUGAUACAUGUAUACUCUGAUGUAUCGAUAUGAGUUUGAGCUUGUGGUUAAAUAACACACAUAUAGGCCUUCUCAGAAGAUGUUCGUAUUGGAGUUUUCAUGCACGACGUUCAUACAGGAGAGACCAAGUUUGACGAAUUCGAAGAUGGUGCGAAGAAAUAAGCGUUUGCUUCGCCGGUAUCGUAGCUGAUAUGGUUUUGUGGUAUUAACUAUUCAGAUGGAAAACGACAACGCUUACAGCGGACGUUAGAAAUGCUUGAUCCAGUGGAAUUCGUUCUACCAUCAGGUCGCCUCAGUGCGUACACUGAGCAAGUACUGGAGAGCUUUGUGGUAACUCAAAGUGACCCAGUUACCUUCUCAAGCGAGACCUCUACUAUAACCGAUCUGAAACCCUGUAUUCGAGUGGAAAGGAUACCUAACAAGUAUUUCGACUACUCGGUUGCUAAGGAGACUUUCACGCGCGUUUUUCAUGAAGCUGAGGCGGAGUACACUAGUGCUGUUGUCUACCCAAGUCUGCCGAAAUUGUGCGUAUCCUGCUUUGGAGGAAUGUGGCAAUAUCUCUCUUCACUCGACGUUGUGAAGACGCUCAUUGCACCCAACUACACCAGCUUAUCCAGUCCAACGUCGACGUUUUUGGGACUAUUUCACCUUCCAACCGAAGCGCAUCGAGAUCUCGAUCUAUUCGUCAACUCGACUACUAAGCGCGGCGUUGGCUCGCUCUUGUCGAUACUAAACCACACUAAAACCAAUGGUGGUGCAAGGAAACUCCGUGAUUGGAUCCAUUCUCCAUUAGUCGAUAUACAAGAGAUCAUGGCACGUCAAAAGACGAUCGAGCGUUUGGCGUUCCCACCUGGAUCGCUAUCAACGGAAUCCCUACCGCACCGACUGGCAUACGAGGAGCUGACGACGGCCAUUUUACCUCGCAGCAAGCAUCUGCUGAAAUACCUACAGCAAGUUCAUUUAGGAAAGGCAACACCCAGUCAAGCCGUCGGUGCGCUUCAGAUUCUGAAGGAUCUCGAGGGGCAUAUCAACGGACUCAAAGCAAUGUUCUCGUCCGCUACAAUUGAAGACCAAUCCACUCUGGAAAAGCUUUUAGAGGGCUAUCCAGCGCUACAAGCUCGUCUUACGCCUCUUCUUGACGAGGUGGAUGUCAAACGUGCAAGGCAAAAUGACGUCGAGAAUACCAUUCAGAGGCUUCUGUGCAGACACCCAUCGCAAGCUCGAAAGUAUCGAGAGUUGACGCGAGAGCUCGAGACUCUCGCUCGAGAAUACGACGCGAUGUUGGUGACUUGCAGAAGUAUUCUCAAGGACCCGUUGCUAGAGUUCACUACGUUCAGAGGAGGCUCGUUGAGCGACAUUCACCACCUGAUCGAAGUGAAGCGUACAGAUCUGCACGAGGUGCCUCAAACAUGGCUGGUAGUGAACUCCACCAAGAAGAUCGUCCGAUUUCACCCGAGACAGAUCAUCCAGCUUCACGUACAAGAAGAGUUUGUGAAAGAACAGAAAGAACAACUGGUUCGAGCAUUAUGGAGACGAUUUGUCAAUCAGGUGGACGCUCAAGUGUACGUGACUGGAAUGGCCUGUGUGGACAUUCUAGCGAACCUUGAUGCGCUGUGCUCACUCGCUACGGUGGCUCAGAGUUAUCCUAACUACACUAAGCCUCAGUUUGUGGAUGGUAACAGCAUAUUGGAGAUCAUCGAUGGACGUCAUCCGAUUAUUGAAAUGUUGUUAGACGGAUCGUCCUACAUCAGCAAUUCUGUCCUGCUGUCAAGUAGUCUUGGGUCUUUGAUGGUUGUAUCGGGUCCCAACAUGGGAGGCAAGACCAGUCUGCUUCGCAUGUGUGCGCUUGUGGUGAUCCUCGCUCAAAUUGGGUCUUUUGUUCCCGCGUCAAGUGUGCGGUUAUCCGUGUUCGACGGGGUCUACACGCUCAUGCAUCGCAGCACUAUUAAUUGUGGUUCGUCAUGCUCGUCAGAGCUAACAGCAUUGGGUACGAUCUCGCGCAAUGCUACGAAGAGGUCACUUGUUCUUAUCGACGAAAUCGGCUUUGGAAUGGCAGCUCAGUACGCUGAAGCUGUGGCUGUGGCUCAGAUGAUGUACCUUAGUAAGACUGUCGGAUGCCUUGUAGUGUUUGCCACGCAUCUUACUGCAGCGAUUCACAAGUUGCAAGCUCUUUUAGGCGAUAAAUGCCAGACAAAACAAUUGGAGUAUCACUUCUACGAACAGGACGAGGCAGACGCGAACGUGGAGGUUGAAGACGUGGUGACAUUCCAUUACGUGUUGAAAGACGGAGUAGCGAGUGACAGCGUCGCUAUUGAGACGGCAAGGCGUGCUGGCAUCGCGUCUGCUAUACUAGAGCGUGCUAAGGAGCUGCAAGGUGACCUAUAACAUAAUAGACUUAGUCACAGUUCAGCACCACGCGGCCUCGCAGCUUGCCGGCGUGCAUUCGCUCGAAGACGUCCGGUAGAUUUUUCAGCGGUUCGACAGUGUACGAGCUCUUGACUAGACCGUCGGCAGCGAGAUCGAUGGCCUCGAUUGCGUCUUGACGGCUGCCCACGUAGGAGCCGACGAUGCGGAAUUCCAGCGGGAUCAACGGCUCAACAGGAGCCACGACGGCCGUGUCUUUGGGGACACCCACCGCAACCAGAGUGCCGCGAGGACGUAGGAACAUGAGCGGGUCCUUGUAUGCAUCCUUGGAACCAGCAACGACAAUAACCGCGUGACCACCGCGGCCACCCGUAGCAGCACGGACCUGUUCGAUGACGUUUCCGUCGUUAAAGUCGAUAAAGUCCUUGAUGCCGUACGAUUCAAUUAGCUUGCGCUUGUCAUCACCAGAGUCGAUAGCCACCACCUUGUAGCCCAUAGCACGUGCAUACUGACAAGCCAAGUGACCCAGACCGCCGCCGGCUCCCGGAAUCACCACGUACUCACCCGGCGACCCGCCGAUCUGCUUCAGUGCCUUGUACACCGUCAUACCGGCGCACAGGAUAGGGGCGGCUGAUGCCAGAUCCAGAGUCUUCGGGAUUGGAGUCACGUGGUCUGCGAACGACACGCACCACUGCUGGAACGUGCCGUGACAGGUCAAACCGUGUACGCCGGCCUCACCACAGGUGGUCUCGUAGCCUUUACGACAAUCCUCACAGCCGAGACAGGUGUGAGCAAGCCAUUUGACUCCCACAGCGUCACCCACUUUGAGCUUCGUCUUGGUGUUCGCACCGACAGCAGCGACGUAUCCGACACCUUCGUGGCCGCCGAUCAUUGGGAACUGCUUGGGCAGAGGAGGACCUUCGCCUUCCCAGACCGACAGAUCCGAGUGACACACGCCCGUGUACGCAAUACGGACGAGAACCUCACCCGAUUUAAGAUCCUCCGGCUGUACGACAGGCCAGUCCUCGCGCACCUGGAGCGGCGCGUUGUCCGCCUCAUACAUGACGGCGGUCUGCGUCUUGGGGAUGUCGUAGCUUGUCUGGGACUUCACUGAAAACGAUCGAACGGCUUGACGCCCGCAGUUCGCGCAUCCGCAUUGCACGCCGUGACCUGAAAAUACUCCGACAAACGACUUGCUAGCAAAUUGGGCAGCGCGUCUGGAUGGUUUUGCGAAGCGGGUGACGGCGCGCAGCAUUUCGUCUUGCUUGUGCUGCUGAUGGCGAUUUCGACAAUGACGCUCCCCUGCCGGCGGUCACGAACGGGGAGCCAGCAAUUGUUGACGUCCGCACUCAUCACUACCGCAGGAUACCGGCUCGAGUACCAGUGCAGAGUGUGGGGCAGCUCGUGCGUGGCAGCGGGUAUGGAUCACCGGAUUUGCUCCUUCAAGCUUCAUGUUGAAGCGAAAUAACGCGAGGAUAACGCGAUGCUCGAGUUUGCCAGCAGUUAUCUCCCAUGUGUUGAAGCGUUCUUCAACAGCGCUUCAAGCAUUUGCCAUCCAGCGGCUCCGCGAGUUCAAGUGCGAUGCUGCAGUGUAGUGCAGAGGCUGCCGUAUCGGCUAGCAAAGCAACAGCUUUAAAUGUAUCCACUCUUCAACUAGUAAAAGCGACUUUUAUCAAAACGUGACGACUCUCCUACUUCUCCACGCAGAGGCUUCUGGCUACGCCCACAAACACUAACAUACUCAAUCACUCGCAGUCCAGCACAGUGCGGCCGAACAGCGUGCCGGCUUUCAUCCGCUUGAACACGUCGGGCAGGUUCGUGAGCGGCUCGACGUUAUAGAACGUCUCCACCGCUCCGUCGGCAGCGAUGUUCACCGUUUCGAUGGAGUCCUGACGGUUGCCCACGUUGGUACCAAUGAUGCGGUGCGCGAAGGCCACGGUCGGUUCAAUCGGCACCGGCAGCAAGCCACCUUUGGGUACGCCCACCAUCAGCACGGUGCCAUGCGGACGAAUGUACUGCAGUGCAUCCUGGUACGAAGACUCAGUGUCGGCCACCACACAAGCGCAAUGAGCUCCGCGUCCCGUGAUCGCCUUAACCUGUCCGACCACGUCGCCGUCCUUGAAGUCGAUGAAAUGCUUAACACCGUAGCCCUCCAGAAGCUUACGCUUGUCGUCGCCCGAAUCGAUAGCAAUGACUUUAUAACCCAUCGAUCGAGCGUACUGGCAAGCCAGAUGACCCAAGCCUCCACCGGCGCCGGGGAUCACGACGUACUCCCCUGGAGCACCUCCAAUCUCCUUAAGCGCUGAGUACACCGUCACACCGGCACACAGUAGCGGCGCAGCGGCUGCCAUGUCAUAGCCCUUUGGGAUCGGCGUGACGUGGUCUGCGUAGGAGACGCACCACUGCUGGAAUGAGCCGUCGAUCGUAUAUCCGUGCAUGAUGACGCUCUCGCACGUGGUCUCGUGGCCCUUACGGCAAUCUUCGCAGCCGAGACACGAGUGCGCCAGCCACUUGACGCCCACGGGGUCACCGACCUUGAGAUUUGUCUUGGUGUUCUCGGCGAUAGCUGCGACGUAGCCCGUGCCUUCGUGGCCGCCGACCAGCGGCAUCUUCUUGCCAACAGGAGCACCUCCACCCUCCCAGAUGAUCACGUCCGAGUGACACACGCCGCUGUAGGCCAUGCGCACCAGGAUUUCGCCGGCUUGAAGGUCUUCCGGCUGCACCACCGGCCAGUCCGUGCGGACUUGAAGCGGAGCUCCUUCAGACUCAUACAUAAUGGCCGUCUGCGUCUUGGGGAUGUCGUAGUGCGGCUGCGAUUGCACCGAGAAGUGGCGCCAUUGAUUCCUAGCGCACGAGCCGCAACGACACUGCAGGCCGUGGCAGGAUGCGGAUCCGACGAAGGACUUGGCCGCGACUUGCGUCACACGUCGGGACGGUUGAGCGAGACGGGAGACAACACGAAGCAUGGCAAUCAACACUCACACCUUAGCACUGGACUGGCAGAUUGCAGAGUGAGAUCGGAGAGGAUUGGCCAGGUAAGUGAUCCAUGCUGGACCUCGCUGCCAGCGUCGAGAGAAUCGACACGCGGGAAGUCACGCCAGACGAGGCCCUCGUCAGUGAGGUUCACUUCGCUGUGUUUCCUGCGCGAGAGCUUUCAUCUUGCAUGGUGACCGACGAGCUUCAACUUGGCGAAUACAGAUUGCCAGUAUAUUUUGCGUGGCUCUAACACGCCUCUUCCUUGGUUCAUCCACAAGCACGUGAUGUUCAAAGUUGCCCAACAGACCACAAUGGGCCCUCGAGCUCUUCGCGCACGUUCCAACAUCGUGCACAAGUAGUAAAUAUCCUCAUUGUUCGCUUGAGGUGUACACGUCGAAAGAGUUAGAAUGGAUCACCCUCGGAAGAGUAUUUUAAAAAAACUAACGACG